GACAAAACAUCUUACCCAAAUCCUUAAACCUCUUCAUCUUCAUCUCAGAAGCUCACAAUCCAUCUCUUUACUUCAAACAAACAAUGGCUUUCUCCUCCUGUCUCAAACUCUAUCCCUUCUCCAUCUCCCACUCCCUAACUCUAACCCACCAACCCUUCUCUCUCAAACUCACUCCUCCUCCUUCCUCCACCGUCUCCUUCGCUUCCCCUCACUCCGCCGCUCUCUCCUCUCCCGCCACCAACCUCCUCGACUCCCUCCGUAGCCAGCCCGACGACUCCUCCGCCCUCCGCCUCUUCUACACCGCCUCCAAGCAACCCAACUUCUCCCCCGACCCUGCUCUCUACGACGAGAUCCUACUCCGGCUAGGCCGCUCCGGCUCCUUCGAUUCAAUCAAGAAGAUACUCUCCGACAUGAAGACCUCCUCCUGCGAAAUGGGUACUUCUCAAUUCUUGAUUUUGUUAGAGAGCUACGCUCAAUUCGACUCGCACGACGAGAUUCUUCCCACUGUUCAUUGGAUGAUCAAUGAGUUCGGGUUGAAACCCGACACCCAUUUCUACAACCGGAUCUUGAACCUUCUAGUUGACAGCAACAAUCUGAGACUCGUUGAGUCUGCUCAUGACCAGAUGAGUGUCUGGGGGAUUAAACCAGAUGUCUCCACGUUUAACAUUCUCAUCAAAGCCUUGUGUAAAGCUCAUCAGCUUAGACCAGCUGUCUUGAUGAUGGAGGAUAUGCAUAGUUACGGUCUUGUCCCUGAUGAGAAGACUUUCACAACGAUUAUGCAAGGAUACAUCGAAGAAGGAGACUUAGAUGGUGCGUUGAGAAUAAGGGAGCAGAUGGUUGAGUUUGGGUGUUCUUGGUCUAACGUCAGUGUUAAUGUGAUUGUUCAUGGGUUCUGUAAGGAAGGGAGAGUUGAGGAGGCUCUCAAUUUCAUUCAGGAGAUGUCGAAUGAAGGCGGGUUUUUCCCUGAUCAGUACACGUUUAAUACGUUGGUUAAUGGGUUGUGUAAAGCAGGGCAUGUGAAGCAUGCUAUUGAGAUUAUGGAUGUGAUGCUUCAAGAAGGGUAUGAUCCAGAUGUGUAUACUUACAACUCCGUGAUCUCGGGGUUGUGUAAACUGGGAGAGGUGAAAGAAGCGGUGGAGGUUCUUGAUCAGAUGAUUAGUAGAGACUGUUCUCCAAACACUGUGACUUACAACACUUUGAUCAGCACGUUAUGCAAGGAGAAUCAGGUUGAAGAAGCUACGGAGCUUGCACGUGUUCUCACCAGCAAAGGGAUUCUCCCUGACGUUUGUACAUUCAACUCUUUGAUCCAAGGCUUGUGUUUAACUAGGAACCACCGCGUCGCCAUGGAGCUGUUUGAAGAGAUGAGGAGCAAAGGAUGCGAGCCUGACGAGUUCACUUACAACAUGUUGAUUGAUAGCUUAUGCUCUAAAGGGAAGCUUGAUGAAGCUCUAAACAUGCUUAAGCAAAUGGAGUCUAGUGGCUGUCCGCGGAGUGUGAUAACUUACAACACUUUGAUCGAUGGGUUCUGCAAAGCCAACAAGAUCAGAGACGCUGAGGAGAUCUUCGACGAGAUGGAAGUACAUGGCGUUUCGAGAAACUCGGUGACGUACAACACACUCAUCGAUGGGCUUUGUAAAAGCAGGAGAGUAGAAGACGCGGCUCAGCUCAUGGAUCAGAUGAUAAUGGAAGGACAUAAAGCUGACAAGUUCACAUAUAAUUCACUUCUAACACAUUUCUGCAGAGGCGGUGACAUCAAGAAAGCUGCGGAUAUAGUCCAAGCCAUGACCUCAAACGGUUGCGAGCCAGAUAUAGUGACCUAUGGAACCUUGAUAAGCGGGUUGUGUAAAGCUGGUAGAGUCGAGGUUGCGAGUAAGCUUCUGAGGUCGAUUCAGAUGAAAGGGAUUGCUUUGACACCGCACGCUUACAACCCUGUGAUUCAAGGGCUGUUUAGAAAGAGGAAAACAACCGAAGCUAUAAACUUGUUUAGAGAGAUGCUUGAGAAGAGUGAAGCAGGACCAGACGCAGUCUCUUACAGGAUCGUGUUCCGUGGGCUGUGUAAUGGAGGCGGACCAAUCCGUGAAGCAGUGGACUUUCUUGUUGAGCUGUUGGAGAAAGGGUUUGUGCCUGAGUUUUCUUCGUUGUACAUGUUGGCUGAAGGUCUUCUCGCGUUGUCGAUGGAGGAGACGCUGGUUAAGUUAAUGAACAUGGUGAUGCAGAAAGCGAAAUUCUCGGAGGAAGAGGUUUCGAUGGUGAAGGGUUUGGUUAAGAUCAGGAAGUUUCAAGACGCUUUGGCUACUCUUGGUGGUGUCUUGGACAGUCGCCAGCCCAGGAGAAACUUCAGGCCAAGAUGAUGAUGAUACCUUCGAGAAGCACUUUCUAAAUUUCUAGACAUUUAUGUUAUGAAUAUAGCAAUCAUAAUACAGUUAUUAAUCAUGUGUAUGCUUUUUAAAUGAACGUUAAUCAAGCUACGAACAAGAGAGACAGUUUUGGGGAAUGAAAAAAGAAUGUUUGGUUGUGA